AUGGCGAGUACAACUAACGACAUGUCGACUAAUAGACCAGGAUCCAUCAGCGACGACUGGGAAGAGCUCGACAGCGCCGCAUCUGUCAUCUCUUUUGAUGAACAGUCAGGUUCGACCUCACCCACUGCCCCGCUUGAGGCCCAGACCCCUGCAACCGUGACCCCAGCGAUCCAACUGCCGCUGCGACCGAGAGACGAGGCAAGUCAACCAACAGCAGACAACUCUUCAUCAACAAGAGUAGCUUCCUCAUCAACAGCGGUCGCAUCUUCGUCAACCAGAGUCCCGUCUUCAUCAUCAGUCGCUUCUUCCGUACCGAAUGCUGGGCAAAAAGUCCCAUUAUCAGAACCCCCUCCAUAUGAGGAUGCACAGUCACAUCAAGAGGCUACCUCGACAAUUUUCAUAAAAAAGGGAGACAUCCCCUUGCGCCGAAAUGAUGAGAAUCGCGCGCAAGCUAAGGAUGACGAGCGCAAACUUGUCAAGGGCAAAGAGCGUCAAGAAUCAUCACCGCAUACCGAGCCUCGCUCCCUUCUCUCUUACUACAUCGAAGAAAGCCAAAAGGGCGACGAAGAAGAUGAAGAUGGCGAAAGCGACAAUGAAAACGAAAACAUUGCCCCCAUCGACGACCCGAGAGAAUACCACAAAUCCUGUACCCAGACCAUAACACUCCUCUCCAGCGUCUCCAAGUACGCCCACGCCCUCGGCGGCCAUCGCAUCUCUACAAUGAGUCAAAUUCGACAAACAUGCGACCAUCUAUCAGCGCAAUCAAAUGAACUGGAGACGAUGCUAGACAUUUACGCCAAGCACUGGACGGCGCAACAAGGCAUGGUGCAGAUUCCAUUGAGCCCUGAGGUUUCCGACAUGCUCGCCGAGUUAACCAGGCUGCUCCAUAGAACGAUGGUGGAGUUGAAGUGCCUUGAGCCUGAGGACGAUGAUCUAUUGGGUGCAUCCGAUAUUCCUUUCCGUGUGAAUCAGGAUCUUGGAGACUAUGGCGUGACGCUGGGACAGAUGAGUGAUUCUUUUGCGGAGUUUCUCCCGAUGAUGAAGGUUGACUUUGAUGAGUUUCGAACUAAGCACAUGGGCUUCCCACCCGCCACGAUCGACUCUCCAAACAAAACCCACCGUCCACCACCCAAUCCCACCAUAUUUCGCACCCGCAACGAACUCUACAACCUCAAAGACAACUUUAUCUUGAUGGCACACUUCCUCAGGCGCCUAAAGAACAGUCCCGAAUUCCCUGAAACAAUAGACGACGAGAUUCUAGACUCCGCAGUCUCCGUGGUGCAAGCCAUCGCCAAGAUUCUGACCAACAAUCCUUCAGAGUGGAUCGAAAGCGACACCACAUGCUCAAAAUCUAUGACGUACGCACAGUUUGCGACGUUAGAUGCCGAGAUUCUGCACGAUGUUGCGUCGCAUGUGAAGAUGUACCUGGAUGAGCUUGAUGACGAGUGUUGGGAAGAUAAGGGCUCUUAUUCGCUGCAGGUUAUGAGAAAUCAUCAGGCUGGGCUUUUGAUCCAUGCGGGGAUGUUGAAUCAGAUUGAGGAGACUGUUGGGUUUACGAAGAGUUUGUUGUUUGUGGACUAG